AGGGUCCUCAACCUCAUAUUGUUAUGUGCUGCAGGAGAAGAACCCCAGGACGGAAAUCGAAGUAAACCCACCAAAACCUCCUACAACGCUACUUUCUCUUCUUCUUCUUCUUCUUCUUCUUCUUCUUUCACACACAGCAUCAGAAAGCAGCGCAAGAAGGAACGAGUCGAGGUCGUGGAUGGCGACUCAGCUUCCCGAUGAUUUCAAGUGUCCGAUUUCAUUAGAGAUAAUGUCCGACCCAGUCAUCCUCUCUUCUGGUCACACCUUCGACCGAUCUUCUAUACAGCGGUGGUUAGACACCGGCAACAGGACCUGCCCUAUCACAAAACUACCCCUCCCUCAGCACCCCUCGCUCAUCCCAAACCACGCUCUCAGGAGCCUUAUUUCCAACUUUACCCUCUCAUCCCCUCCAAAGCCGGAAUCUUUGCCUGAACCCCAGGCCAUAAUCUCCAUUCUCACCUCUCCAUUUUCUUCUAUCGACUCCAAACUUGACUCGCUCAACCAACUCAACCCUCUCUCUAAGAGGAACCCCGCCUUCCGUCAGAGGUUAACGGAUUCUGGUGUUGUUUCCGCGGUUCUUAAUUGCGUUGGUUCCCUUGAUCCCAAUAUCAAAGAAUCCGCGCUUUCGCUUCUGUUGAACCUUAGUUUGGAUGACGAUAACAAGGUGGGCUUGGUUGCUGAAGGAGCAAUUGCGCGUGUCGUUUCUGCUUUGCAAGGUGGGACACCCAACUGCAAGGCCCUUGCGGCCACUAUGCUCACGAGUCUUGCCGUUGUGGAAGUUAACAAGGGGACGAUCGGUGCCUACCCAUAUGCGGUUAGAGGUCUAGUUACCCUCCUUCGGGACGGGAACGGGAGGGGAAAGAAAGAGGCAGCCACUGCGCUUUACGCCUUAUGUUCCUUCCCUGAUAACCAGAGGAGAGCUGUAGAAUGUGGGUCGGUGCCAAUUUUGGUCGAAAUGGCCGAUUCCGGGGUCGAAAGGGCUGUUGAGGUUCUCAGCCUGUUGGCCAAAUGCAGAGAAGGUAGAGAAGAAAUGGAAAGACUCGAUGGUUUUGUCGGGGUUUUAGUUCGGGUGUUGCUCAAUGGUAGUCCACGCGGGGUACAGCACGCUCUCUCCACGUUGAAUUCACUCUGUUCUUGUAAUGAAGGAAUGCGUUGGCAGGCGAAGAGAGAGGAGAUUGAAGAAAUUUGUUUGGGAUUCCUGGAAGAUGAGAAUGAGAAAAUUAGAAGAAAUGCUUCAAGUUUGAUUCAAGCUCUGCAGAGGUGUCAGUUGACGGGUUGAUUUGAGUUGGGUUCUGUUAAGGGAGAUUUUUGUGGGAGGUGAAGUGAAAGAUAUCUUUGUUUUGGGGGGGCGGGGAGUAUCGGUCUUCCAUUCUUCUUCAUCGUCUCUGGUCCUUAGUUCUCCUCCAUUAGGAUAGAUAGUCAAUGUAAAAAAAGGGAAAGAAAAGAAGGAUUAGAUUUUUGGUGGGGCUGGGGGUUGGUUCUUUUGUAUCAUGUACAUUCUUAAUAAACAUGAGUUCUUUGUUUUCGUUGUUUAUA